AUGCCGCAAGAAAACACUACAACCACCAGUGUAUACAACAAUUCGACCCCGAAAGCGAAUAUCAACUUGGAUGUGGACGGUAUACCAGAAGAGUUAGUUGAGAGGGUCGCGUAUUCAAUAUACAAGAAAAUAAUGAACGAGGAGGUUUGCGGAGAAGCGGUCCGCAAUAUCGAGCGACAUCCACUCGCGACAAUGAUUGACCACGAUAAGGAUGAGUUUGCGCAUAAAACCGAGGACCAUUCAGUGACUGAUGAGUUGACCAAGAGAGUCAGGGUGCUAUGUUGGGUGAUGACCCAGCCCAGUAGCCAUAGGACUAAAGCUGCGCACGUUAAGGAGACGUGGGGAAAGAGAUGUAACAGAUUGAUCUUCGUGAGCACCGCUGAAGAUGACACGUUGCCAACGGUAAAGCUGUCAGUGAGCGAGGGUCCGAGACAUCAUUGGACUAAGACCAGGGCGGCACUCCAAUACGUUCAUGACAAUCAUCGCAAGGAGGCAGACUGGUUCAUGAAGGCUGAUGAUGAGACAUACGUCAUAGUGGAAAACUUAAGACACCUGCUUGCCGACUACAGGAGCACUGAUCCUAUUUACUUCGGAUGCCGGCUGAAGCCAUUCGCAAAACGGGGUUAUAUGAGCGGCGGCGCGGGCUAUGUGUUGAGUCGCGCGGCGCUGGAUCGGUUCAUAUACAAGGGACUACCUUCGCCGCACCUCUGCAAAGCCACUGACACCAUUUCUGGGGAUGCUGAGAUGGGUAAAUGUCUAGAACGUAUUGGAGUGAGAGCCAUGGACUCCCGCGAUGCGCUACAUCGCGGCCGGUUCUUCCCCUACAUGCCUCGCGACCAUCUGUUCCCGAAAAAGGCUAAAAGUUAUUGGUACUGGAGCUAUCUCUACUCCCCUUCUGAUGAGGGUCUAGACUGUUGUUCCGACCAAGCAGUUUCAUUCCACUACGUUCGCCCCGAAGAAAUGUACGUGUUAGAAUACUUGAUAUACCAUCUUCGACCUUACGACAUCACGCGGUUUAGAAAUCUGGAGGAAUCCAAACCAACGAACACACAAACGACCAAACUGAUUGAAGGAGUAACCAGUAGUGCCAACAGUACGACAACUAUAACAAGUAAACCAGUAAAUACAUCUUUACAAUAG